UACAGCUCGUGCAUCCAAGCAACCGAGGAAUCGAAUUGAUUAAUUAGGUGGCAGAAAAACUGCAGCUAAAAUGAGUCACAUUGUUGUCAUCAGGCCUUACCACCCAGGGGAUGAGAUGAGCUGUCAUGAAUUGAUAAGAAGCGGAAUUUUAUCAUCGAUGAACAGUACCUUUAUUGGAAACGUGCUUAAAGAAGUGACGUUUCAAAUUAUGAUUCUCUUGGCUGCAAUAAUGUUCAUAUUUUUUGGAAUGCCAAUAACAAUCUGCCUUCUUGUCGUGCCUAUUGUACUCUUAUCAACUUACGUAAUUACAUAUGUAGCCUUCAUGGCCAAAGCAGCAGAAGUAGACCAAGAAGUUUCAAAUAUAGCCAGGAUUUACAUGUCAAACGCUUUUUCUUGUUUCUGGGUAGCCGAAGCCUAUGAGCCUAUUUUCACGACACGCAGUCCUUCUGAAUUUUAUUACAACAUCAUAACUGAAAAACAGUUCAAGGAGUCCAAAAUUGAUGUGUCUGCUCAAUCUAAGAGGAUUGUAGGUAGCAUUGGCUUGCAAAAAAGUCAUAGCCUUGACAAGGGAGCAUGGAUCAAGCGUCUCUGCGUUCACAAGAAUUUUCAACGCAAAGGUAUAGCCUCUCAUCUUUUAAAAGCAGCCAUUGAUUUUGCCAUUGAACAGGGUUAUAGCUGUGCCAAUAUCGUGGCAUCUGAGUACACGGAGGGUGGUAGGGAAUUAUGUUUGAAAAAGGGUUUUGAAUUAAAGAUGAUGUACCACCAGCAAAUUGUAGGUACGUUGCUUACAACUUUAAUGUACGAACUGACUUAUCAAAUUAAGCCAGGAGAUUCUAACUAUGCUGUGUUACAAAAAAAAAGGUAUUCCGUCAGGUAGAAGAGCAGGUCGAUGAUUUUUAACGUUUAAGCCAGAAAGAAAAGUCUAUAAAUACCAAAGUUUAAAAAUUUAUAGUUAAAACUAUGAUACUUGAAACUGUUUGAUUUCAGUUUUCUUCUAAAAUAUGGUGGCAGGUAAUUUAUCUUGCUAGCAAGUUAUGAUAAUUUUACCUUUACUCUAAGCUGUUAGUUUUUCAUGGAGUCCUCGAGAAUCAAGAAAAAGAGUUAAGUAACA